AAAAUACCUUCCCUGCUGCCGUGAAGGAGCCAAUCGGCGCGGCUUGGGCAGGAGGAGCCUGCAGCGCUGCAGCGCUUGAUAAAGUUGCACCACGUCUCUGUGUCACCUGCAACCUCCUGCUCCUCCGACCCUGCUCGUCCGUUCCGUCCAGUGAUCCUGACCUCUAGGACAUCCAGAGAUGUUGGCGUGCACGGAGAUGAUCACCAUGUGUUUGCAGUCCGCCAAACACAAACAUCUUCAAGCUGAAAAACAAAACCAGCAGCUGCGGAGCUCCGGACAAGGACUGACCAUCUUUCAUGAUAUAUUCCGUCGAGCAGACAAAAACGAUGAUGGGAAGCUUUCAUUCGACGAGUUCAAUGCCUACUUUGCAGAUGGCAUCCUGACCACUGAGGAGCUGCAGGAGCUUUUCUAUUCCAUAGAUGGGCGACAGAAUAACAAUCUGGACACUGACAAGCUCUCAGAAUACUUUUCCCACCACCUGGGAGAAUACGUGAACGUUUUAUCAGCGCUGGAGAGUCUGAAUGUCGCCAUACUGAAAGCCAUGGAUAAAACCAAGGAGGAGUACCAGGCCUCCAGUGUGCUGGGACAGUUUGUCACCAGGUUUAUGCUGAGAGAGACAUCCAGUCAGCUGUCGUCCCUCCAGAGGUCACUGCAAUGCGCCAUGGAGGCGGUGGAGGAGCAGAGCAGCCCUGCCCCGAGGGAAGCCAAAGUGCCAGCGCUGACAGCGGGACAGAGGAACGGCAGACGCUGUGGUCGCAGGAGUCAUAACAACCUGUGCAUGUCCCCCUCUGACCCCUGCUCCGACAUUCUGGCCACAAGUGAGACUUUGGAUGAUGAAGAAAACUGGUGCUCUCAAAUUAACAGGCUGCAGCAACUGCUGGACAAACUGGAGUGUCAGAGUCCGAAACUGGAGCCGCUGAAAGAAGACACACUGGCCAGCACGUACAAGUCUAACGUGCUGCUGGUCCAGAGGCAGAUGUUGGUGAAGGAGGACGAUGUGGAGGAGUUUAAGAAGGUUGUGAAGAGCUACAGCGACGCCACCUCUGCCCACAGUGAUAACCUGCACGUGUCGGUGCAGAGGCUCCAGGGGAAGUCGUGUUACAUAAUUUAUGAGUUCUGGCAGGACCGACUCUCCUGGAUGAGUUACCAACAAUCCAAUGACAGCAAAGACUUCCAACGCAGCGUCAUUGACCUGCUGGAGGACGCUGAGGUCGUGUCCACUAUGCUGCUGCCAGCCUCCUGGUGGAUCAUGACUAACAACUAAGGAGAAAAUCCGGACAUGUGCCGCCUCCAGUGUGACAGAGACGAAGAUAUGAAUCGACCCUCCCACACACACAUGCACACAACGAGGAGUGAAUAAGGCGGGUGAAGGCAACAAGACAUCAUCAGUGACAUCCACUGGCUUUUAUCAAAAGAGAGCAUUGAUGUUCUGUCUCUUCUAUUUCUGUAGUCUGCUGAAUAUACAAAUGCUUACACAUUACGAGACGCAGCUGAGACGUAAAACCUUAUCAGUUAGUUUGGUUAUAACGUAGAUGUUAGACAUGCUGCAACUGUGCGUCUGUACCUGGAUGGAGCUUCCAUAAACCAGUGUCUGUGUAUUGCUCACUGGUUCUGCAUCGCUUGAGUCCCUCUUUCAAAUUGUUGUAUUAUGUGAAACAAUAGGAAGGCUCAAUAGUAUUCGCUACCACAUUAGUACUACCAGCAUACUCUUGUUUACCUGACGGUAGUGUUCCACAGCUUUAAAAGCGCUGCUCACAGAAUCGCUACAAAGGAUACGCAAUCUAUCACAGUUUGUUGCGACGUUGAACGCUGCUUACAGUCCAAAAAAACAGAGUUACCGUUCAGUGCUUUUCGGGGAUCCAGUCCGCAUGCUAAUAGACGCUAAGUUAGUCGACGUUUACGCCUGUUUAGAACAGAUUUUCAGGUAACGGAGGCUCAAUGGGGGAUCCCCACACCUUUCACAGUAAAACUCGUCUUGGGUCUGGCCCUUCUCCUCUCAGCCUGUACCCCUUCAUUUGGCUGCCAUGAUGAGGCUCCAGCUCCACCGUGAUAGGCGUGCAAAUAAACGUUUGGUUGGAAGAAGUUUUCUGUGCUAAAAAAGUCUUGUUGUUGUGUGGUUGGUUGUUAGAUCUGGUUUUCCAACUGCAGACUUUUGCCGAGUUCCCGUUAGCUCUGAGGUGGUAGUAGGAGUUCCAGGUAUCGGAGGAGGACACAGUAGCGUCCAUGAAAACCAACACUUCAUGGCAUCAUAUAUUAACGUUGGGAUAGUUGCCUUUUGUGUCCUACACUGAUGAAAAAGGCAGCCUUCAGCAUUGCAUGUUGACGUAGGUUGGUUCAGUACCGUCAGUAAGGAGGAGAGCCACCUAAUGGGUGACAAAUAGCACUGACUCCCAUUUGUCUUCAGUUAAGAGAGUUUUAGCUUCCCGCACCUUGUGUGUUGUGCUCCAUGAUGCACAAUUCCACAGCUGUAUGGAGGUAAAAGGUUUUUUUUUUUUUUUUUUUGUCAUGUGCCUGCGCGGAGUGCUCAAUGUUGACCCAUGCUAU